GUUCAUGAAAAGUUUAAUUUUCGAACGCAAGAAAUUGCAUAUUUUCCAGUUUAAAUUUGAAACUCGCAAAGUGAACGUGAAAGUUUAGAAAAUGUCGCGAAUUGGUCAAAACCGCUUGGGAGCGGCGGUGCUGUUGCUAACAAUAGGCAUCCUUGCAGUAACCGAUGCAUUAAUCUGGCCCUGCGCUUCGAACGCGGAUUGCACAGCCGUAGACUCAACAUGCUCCACGGCGACGGCAAAUUGUGAAUGUAACAGUUUUCCAGCUGUUUUCGCUAGCAACUUGACAGCAUGUCUGAAGACGUCACUAAUUGGUGACCAAUGCGAAGACACAGUUCAGUGCAAUCUUAUGCCAUCGGGAGCCAGUUGUAAGUCCGGGGUCUGCGACUGCGCCGAUGGAUACACUUAUGUUGGUGGACGUUGUAGACUAUUGAAUGGUUUGAAUGGUGCUUGCGAAACGGAUAAUGAUUGCAUUUUCGGUUAUGAUCGCGAUUCGGUUGCCUGCCUCGAUAAUGUUUGUAAAUGUGCUGACGGUUAUUAUCACAGGAGUGGAAAUAUAUGUCGGCGUAAAUCAAUGAAAAUUGGCGAUGCCUGUGUCGUGCAUACGGACUGUGAAGAUUUAGGAACAAAUGUGCGGUGCAAUAAUUUGAGUUGUGCCGAGGUAUCACAAAGCGAUUCGGAAUCGUCAAAAACCGUUUUAGAUGCCCGUACCAAUACACCGACACCCACAGGUCACACGAAUACAAACGCCGGCACGACCAGCACAAACACACACACGAAAACUGAUGGUGGCAACGAGAAAUCACCAUCAUCAGACGGUACAUCACAAUUCUCGAAAUCAUCGAGGUCAACUAGCGGUACUAGUAAAGAUACUUUAGCAUUGGUGAAUGGUCGUAGUGAUUUGACUGACGAUACCGAUCACGAGACGGAGCAAGAAGAGGCCGGUGGUAAUGAACAGAAACGGAGAUCACGUGAGAUCGCUGUACAAACGAGUAUCGAUGCUUUUGAGUUGAAACCAUUGGCGCCGUUAGUGAAGAAUGUUGGUACUGGCACCACAUCUACUAGUACGAGCAGUCGCCGUUUCUCGCGCUAUAAACGUCGUCAAUCUGCAUUCCGCUACGAUGAUGAGGAUAAGACUUUCUCGACGAUAUCGAAUACUGAUGAUGAUGGAGAAGAAAAGCGUUAUGGCAGCUCUUGCACCGAGAAUGGCAAAUUGUGCGCGGGACUUCCGCAUUCGAUUUGCUCACACAACAUUUGCUUCUGUAGCUCUGGGUACUAUCCAAGUAAUGGAAAAUGCUUUGCAGAGCUUGGUGAGAUAGCGGAGAGUGCCAACGAAUGUGAGCACACAUUCGAUUCAUUAUCCAAAAAAUGUAUUUGCCAAAAUAAUUACUUUUACGAACGUAAUUUACGCUCUUGUCGAAAACCAAUCCAAUAUACCUUAUCGUGUACCUCGAACAGUCAAUGCAGUCCGUUCGGCGCAGCCUAUUGUCCUACGAAAAUUCCAAGACGUUGCACCUGUGAUGAGUAUGCAGAGUACGAUGAAUUGCGCCAGUUGUGCGUCUACAAACAGGGUCUCGGCGAGUACUGUGAAUCGAAUGAAGCCUGCAGUUCAUAUGCGAAUGGAGUAUGCUUAGAUAAUUAUUGUGCAUGUAAGGAGAAUUUCAUCGCAAGGGAUAAUAAGUGUAUACCAGGUGUCGGUGCUAUUUGCGAUGCCGAUGUGGAGUGUGGUGUAGAAAAUACGGUUUGUGAUUUCACCUCACCGACAAGUGAGGAGCGUGAAAAGUCAUGCCAAUGCAAAAAGGGCUAUGUACAUUUUAAGGAUGAGUGUCUCAAAGAGGCUGAGGAACUUGACGAUGAGUGCAUUGAAACGGAGCAAUGUAAACCACUAUUGGCUACCUGUAAGAAUCAGAAAUGUUCCUGCACACCCGAACAGCAUUUUAAAUUUGGGCUUUGUCAGGAUAAGAAAGACCUUGGUGAAACUUGUGCUCGGUCGACAGAAUGUUUCGUUGAAAAGGAGCCGGAAAACGUGGAAUGCCGUAAUUCGGUUUGUCAAUGCAAGUUUGGUUAUCAAGCGCAUGAAGAACAGAAGACUUGUAUACGUGUGGUGUCCAGUACCAAAAAUUCUUCCGGAAGGCCAAGUGCUCUUAAAAUAAUAACAUUCCUAUUAAUAGGAUCAGCUUUCUUAAUAACAAGUGCCGCAAUUAAACAGGCUUAUUAUGAUUAAAUUUCAUCUAAGUUAUGGUUAUAUAUAAUAUGGUAUUUUAAUUAGGAGCGUAAAUUAUUUAUAAAAAAAUUAUUUAGCCACAAUGAAUGGGGAAACAAAUAAAAACGUAACACGUAUAACAAAAAUAUAAAUAAAUAAUUAACAUUUUUGUAUUUUUCGCUUCAAGCAAAAACGCAAAACACCGGCCUGAAAAUAUUACUUAGCAAUCUUAUAUUUGAUUUACAAAAACUAUACAAGAAAUGAAAUGAAAGAAAUCGCAAAGAAUUAUGCAUAAAGUAUUACAAAGAUGACACGUGAAGUAUAAAUAAAAUAUACAAAAAUCAAAGAAACAAAUAAUUAAUUAAAGCAAAAUUCCAAAAGCAAUACUUAAUGAUUACUUAACCUUUGCAAUUACUCGUAUUUAAUUAAUUAAUUAAUCGAUAAGAAGAUUUUAAGUCAAUCAUGUAAACUAGUAAAGAAAAUUAUUUUUAAAUUUAAGAUUCUUAAGAUUCUGCGUAAGUUAUUCAUAUGCACAUAAAUACAUAUAUAAAUAUAAUAUUUGUCAUAUCUGGGUGCAUGUGCGUUGUGGUGCAUAUUAACUAUAGUAAUAUAAUUGACAAAUUUGUUUUAGCCUAAGAUUAUAGUUAAUAAAACUUUUGAACUUAUUGCCAAAAACUACAA